UCAGCCCUGUGGCCAACGCGCUGUUGGAGUGGUUGGCCCACUUUGAGGUUUGCAAUGGGGAUAAUAGAGCUAGGGCUGUGCAUUUUUGUUGGACAGUUUGUCGCUGUUCAGUCAGUGAUAAAAGCGCAGGAUGGUGCAUUUGCCCAGAAUUCUCCAAGCUUUUUUGAAAACCUCAUGCGUUUUCCAUUUGAAAGAAACUUUGAUUUCACGCCAUAUGACACCAUCUUCAGCUCCUGGCGAACCCGGACCCCCGACUUUCACAUGCUUGCUGAGUUACCUCCCGUCAUGAAAGUUCCCAGAAUACAGGUGUUUUGUGACGAAUCUCAGCUAACUGUGCUGGUUGACAAGAGAUCUGAUGGUGUCAUGCUGACUGUGGAGGAGAUGCAGUUGGGUGAUGGCUGCUAUAGCAACAGAGAGCAACCAAACCAAUUUGUCUUCACUUACAGUGUUAAUGAGUGUGGAACUUCACAUGUGAUACAGAAUGGCUUGAAGAUGUUCACUAACUCUCUCCACUUGAAUGUCAAAAAACCUCUCGCCAACUGGUGGCAAACUCCUUCCACAGUGCACAUCUCCUGCAUCCCAAACAGGUCUUAUGAUCAUCCCGGCUUCUUUGACUCACCGACGCCCCCUGAGAAUGCGAAGGGCUUUAACAUCAGACUAAUGAAUCCAUCCUGGACCAGCUCCGCAGAGUCAAAUGUCUAUAAAAGAGGCCAAAUUGUCAACCUCCAGGUUUCUGCCGAAACCAGGCCUGAUCAGCAGCUGUCCAUCCAGUCCUGCUUUGUCUCUGCAUCCCCUGAGCUUCAGACUAAACCCCGGCAUGCAGUCAUAAUGAAUAAAGGGUGCACAUCCCCAUCGGGUUCUCCUCAUCCUGUCACACAGUUUGUGGCCUCCAGCAGAGGGGAUGUGGUUAAUUUUGUUCUGAACACGUCUUAUCUAAUUUCAGAGCUGUACAUCCACUGUAGUGUGCUCAUCUCUGACCAGGGUGUCACCUCUGGCUCCAAAUCCUGCAACUACAAUGUAAUCCAGUCAAGAUGGGAAGACCUGAGUGGAGAUGUUGAGGUGUGUCAGUGCUGUAGCUCAAAGUGUAAAGGCCAAUCAGUCAGACACCUUCCUGAAGAUGCCAAGGCUAUAGUUGGCACUGGUCCCUUAGUCAUUGUGGACAAAGACAUUGAGAUGAGCUCUGACGUCUCUGAGCCACAGGAAACCACCCCCGCCCCUAUUACUGACUCCAUGUUGUCUGAUGCUGCAGUGAUGGACCCAAUCAUUUCUGGUACUUCUGUAUCAAGAAGCAAGUUCUCCUCUCCACCACAGGGUGUAGUGGUUGUGAGUCAGGACCCAGUUGCCAGACUGACCCUCUGGCUACCUGGAGAGGCGCAGGAUACUGAACAGAGCAACAGUAUCGGUUCUGAGUCUGAAGACAGUUUGACAGUUCAGUUAAAGGCUGGCGACAUGGUGUCAAAUGGCCUUCCUGUGCCACAACCUUCACCCACAGAUCAGGAGUCUCAUCUGAAUCCACCCACAAACAAGAUCCAAGGUCAAAAUUUUAAUGAAUUAAAAAGCGAUGCUUCUCUGGAUCUAAAUUUUCUUACAUUGGUUCCUCUAAAACCUAUCAAAGCAGCUAUUGCAGAGGAAUCUCCAAGACAAAAGUGGUUUGAAAGAUCUGGAAUGUUUGGCAGAGACGUUCUCAAAGUAAACAUCCCCCCGCCAGCUGAGAUGUAUGCAAAUGACCUACACCAGAUUGCUUUUAACCAAAUGGUAGAUGAGCUGUUUCAAAUGCAGGCAGAUGGUGCUGUGAUGCCCCAAGAAGAAACAAAUGAUGUCCAACCACUAAUUCGUUCAAAACUCCAGUUUGCCAAAGGCGUGGAUGGGUCGCAGACCCUGAGUUAUGAGGAAGAGGUGGCGAAGCAACAAGAGGGAAAAGGUGUGAGCCGAAGAUGUGGAAUGGACUGGGUUAAAAGAAACCAGGAGCCCAGGCAGAAGGGACUGCGCUCAACUUUCCUGGAUUUGUUGCGGAGGAUGGACAAAGCAGAAUAACUGCAUCUUCAGAAUAUUUUAUAAUGGUACUUGAACUGAAUAAAUUUAUUGAGCAAUAA